AUGGAGUCGACUGCUAGAUUAGUGGGUGGGAAGCAAGUAGCGGUGUCCUUGACGAAUACAAAUAGAAAUGGAAAUAGAAUUGGCAAAGUGACAAGACAAGCAGCAAGUUUUCUACCUAUGCGAACAAAUCCCCAAAACCAGGCCCUUCAUCACAGUCAGAGUCAGAGUCAGAGCAAUCAACACUUGAAAUUGAGUCGUCGGAUUAAUAAACUCCCUCCUGACUGUGGUGCUGUCAGAGAUGACUCUAACGCUUCAAUAGACAAACUCCCGGAGGUUCAUGGAAAUGCCAAAUCACGCCCUCUGCCUCUCGAUCUCAAACGAGAACUCGUCCUGCUCUCUCUUCCUGCCAUUGCUGGCCAGGCCAUCGAUCCUCUGACUCAGCUCAUGGAGACUGCUUACAUUGGAAGGCUCGGAUCUGUAGAGUUGGGUUCGGCUGCCGUCUCCAUGUCCAUCUUCAAUACCAUAUCAAAGCUCUUCAACAUUCCCCUCCUCAGCGUCGCCACUUCUUUCGUAGCUGAGGAUCUUGCCGCUCAAGGUGACACUGCUUUAGGAGAAGAAAGGAAACAGUUGUCUUCAGUGUCCACAGCGCUAGUCUUAGCCAUUGGAAUUGGCUUCUUCGAGGCCGUGGCUUUGUCUUUGGCAUCUGCUCCUUUUUUAAGGCUCAUGGGUGUACACCCUAUGUCAGAAAUGUUCAUCCCCGCACGCCAGUUUCUUCUCCUUAGGGCGCUUGGUGCUCCUGCUUAUGUGGUUUCUUUAGCUCUUCAAGGCAUUUUCCGUGGAUUCAAGGAUACCAAAACUCCAGUCUACUGUUUAGGUAUUGGUAAUUUUCUGGCUGUAUUUUUGUUCCCUCUGUUUAUUUACCAGUUCAGGAUGGGUGUAGCCGGGGCAGCCAUCUCUAGCGUCAUAUCCCAGUACACUGUUGCCAUUUUAAUGAUUAUGCUUUUGAACAAAAGAGUUAUCCUGCUUCCUCCAAAGUUGGGCUCUCUUAAGUUCGGGGAUUACCUAAAAUCUGGGGGAUUCGUUCUUGGGAGGACUCUGUCAGUGCUCGUGACCAUGACUGUUGCCACGUCAAUGGCCGCUCGUCAAGGAGCUUUUGCAAUGGCAGCUCAUCAGAUAUGCAUGCAAGUCUGGUUGGCGGUAUCUAUGCUUACUGAUGCACUCGCUUCAUCUGCACAGGCCUUAAUCGCGAGUUGUGCAUCCAAAAGAGACUUUGACGGUGUGAAAGAGGUUACGACUUUUGUUCUCAAGAUAGGAGUGGUGACAGGCAUUGCAUUGGCUAUUGUGUUGGGGUUGUCAUUUGAUUCGAUAGCUGGUUUGUUUUCCAAAGACCCUCAAGUUCUGCAGAUAGUGAGAAAAGGUGUACUGUUUGUAGCGGCAACACAACCUAUCACAGCGCAAGCGUUUAUAUUUGAUGGGCUGCACUAUGGGAUGUCGGACUUCGGAUAUGCAGCUUGGUCGAUGAUGGUGGUGGGAGCAAUAUCAUCAGCGUUCAUGCUCUAUGCACAGGCAGGCUUGGGGAUAAGUGGAGUCUGGAUUGGGCUGAGCAUGUUCAUGGGCUUGCGGAUGCUCGCUGGUUUCGCCAGAUUAAUGUGGAGCAAGGGUCCAUGGUGGUUCAUGCAUUCAAGUCACAAGCGUCUUGCUUAA